AUUUGAGGCAGGUGGGGACACUCCCAUGAUGGCCACAGGGUUGAACCCAUAAAUUUUCCUUCCGAAAUGUCAAAGGGUUAUCUAAACCAUCAUUACAAGGAAGUGAAGAGCGCGAACAACCAUCGCAGCAGCAUCGCUAGAUUGUCCCCCGCUCUUAAAGUUUCGAGCUUUCAAAUUUUUUGAAGUGGAAUUUUCUUGACCCAUUUCUGAAUUUGAUUACAUGGAGCCAAAGUCGAACGAUCCUAUGCUUGGUCUGGCGAGUCCGAGCUGCUUCACGUUCAUAUAGUCUCAACUUGGACACAGGUUCUCAGUCCGACCCACUGGGCGCUGAAUGAAGGAAAGUGGUUCUGCUUCUCUGACGCCAGUGAGCUUGCAAGGUUGGGGGUGAAAUCGAAGGGGAACUUCAGCGAACGUUCAAGAGAAAAGGCUCCUGGUUAGUUAUCCAGAUGAAGUGUUUGAAGAAAAGCCUGAACAGUCAAACGGGUCUCAUGUGACUCCCUUUUCUCGUGCAUGGUGAAGCUUCAGGUAUUGGUUUUGAUAUCAGGGUCUUCUCGGGUGCAGAGAAGGGGCAGGACGAGGAGCUGAUAUAAUGACCUUGGCUGUUCUCCUGUCACUGUUGCUCCGCUUCUGCUUGAGCUUGGUGUUUUGGAAGGAAAGUGCCAUGUGUUGAGCUCAGAUGUGAGCACAUGGCUCCUCCUAUUUCCGAGCUCUAAUCACUGUAAACUAAUGCAAGGGAAGGCAGGGUUUUGGGUUUUCCCAGAGAAUCAGUUGCUGGAGAGAGCCGUCUGAUUGGUGUAGGGAAACAUAAAACCGAGUUCCUUUUAUUUUCUUUCCGUUCUUUAUAAAAAAAACUUGGGAAGUGUGACUUAUGAUACUGUGAUAAAAGAAACAAUCCAGAAAAAAUAAUUAGUUUCUUCCUUUUAACAAUCUCAACUUGUUUCUUGUUCUGCAAAACCCAAUUCAGGCAUGUACUUGUUCCCAAAAUUUCAAUGCUGAUUGCUAGGUUAUGUUCAUAUGGGUCACUUUGGUGGUGAUGUUUUUCCACAUACUUGUUGAAGCGGUGUCUUAGCAGCAGCACUAGCCCCUCUAUAGUUUUCUUGGUUACCACAAACCUUUCAGCAACAUCUUGAGCUCAAAGAGGCGAAGUGUCGCUCUUCCUCUGACUGCGGAUAAGUUGCUGCUAGCCAAGUUGCUGUGUUUGUUUCCCAUUCUAUUGCACUUCAUCUAGCAAUCUCCUGCCUUUUUUUAUGUCUCCUUGGUUGGCUUGAUUGUUGAUUUUCAGCAGAAGGUGCCUUCUGUUUCUUUCCUGUUCCUCAACUUUCCCACAGAAAGCACUGUUUGAGCUGCAUCCUUAUCUCGUCAUAUCUGGUGCUUUUUCUAUCCAUACAAAGUGGAAGACGAUCUUUUCACUUUGUCCAUCAUUCAGAGAACAGCAUCAAUAUUUUCCUCCUUUCUUUCCCCAAAAGUCAAAGAUCCUGGAAACUGAAACUGGAAAUCAAAUGUCUUCCCUUAUAUGCGAUCUACUAACGUGGAUUUCAGUUCUGAUUACAUGGCUGAUUUUGGGUUAUCUACUGGAGUUUGGUUUAGCAUCAAUCUUCUUCACAUCUAUAGCUUUACUCUCGUCAAUUGUUCUCUUCGCACUAUCAAGGCGAAAGCCAGUCUUCAUGGCAGAACCUCUCGAGGAGGAGGUUUUCAGAUCUGAUCAACAAACUCUGCCUAAUAAAGAGGAUGGAGCAGUGCUUACCCAGCCACGAGUUGAGUCAAUGCCCCAGAUGAGAGAAGCCCAAGCACAAUCAAAUAUGUUUCAGCCUGAAGGGUGCACAGUUAGAUCAUCACUGAAUUCAAGUUCAGAGAGUGAAUGCAUCAACAACUUCUCCACAAGUGAAGAUUCCGAAGUGGAGUGGCCUUUCAAGGAAGACAUGGAUCCCAGCCCGGAUUGCUCAGACGGCUCGAUCACCGAUGAGGAGAGCUUAAUUGAGAUUUCCAUCCCAAGUGGGCAUUAUGUUGGUCAAAAAGAGGAAGAGCCAAAGUUCUGUUUGAAGCCAAAAUUCACAGAUUUCACACCAGACUCCCUUUUCCAACAGAGCUGUCUAGCUGAUCUCUUAGCUGAGAUCAAUGAGAUGAAUGAGGAAGAUGAUAAUUUGAUCGAGAUCGACAUAUCCAUGGGAUCCAUCAAGUGCUCAGGGUUUGAAAUUGAAGCUUGAGUUAGUCCCUUUAAAGCUGGCUCUGUUUUCCAUAUACCCUUACCACUUGUGGGUCUGAUGUGAAGAACUAGGGUUUUAGGACAUGUUAUGCUCUGCUCUGUUCUGAAUUUUGCCCUGGUGGAGACUUUGGAUUCCCUCUAAAGCAUUUAGUGCUGUUGGCCCUUUGUUUUCUCUUGAUGCACAUUCAUGUAUUAAAAUUUGAAAGGGCCAUCUGAUGGAACCCCACUUGCUGUUCUUUUAUAAGACCUCCUUUUGCUAUGCAUUCAAUGUU